UUAAUAUUUAAACGGAAAUACAGUAAAUUGCUAUGUGAUACCAAUAGAAAGUGACGUUAUUUGUGUUUUAAAGCCGGUAUAUUAACCCAGAAAAUUAAGACACUUUCGUAGGUCGUGGAUAAUCUAAGAAAAAGCGGUCGAACGAAAACGUUUCUUACGAUCGCUGCUGAACGAUGAGAAAUAUAAUGAACUUCUAGAUAACAUCUACAAGAAAGUCAGAAAAGAUAAGGAACCUUUAGGUCAAUUCCGAUACCGGAGGGCCUGGUGAUGGACCCGUUGUCACCCACAGCGCUUGCAGUCCCCAACCACAUCAUGGACCGCAUUGGCAGUGGGCUAACUCUGCUCAGGGAGCACGGGAAGAAAGUUCAAAAGUAUCUGUUGAAAAACAGAAAGUUUGAAGUUCUGAAGAAAUCAUGGAAGUCCAUAGUCAACAUCGUGUUGGUAGAAGCCAAAGACUUGCCUGUUGGAAAUGAUACAUCUAAUGGUCUUUAUUGCAAAUUCAAAUUGGGUUCGGAAUCACACAAAUCGAAACAAGUAUACAAAUCUAAACCAGUAUGGCGCGAACGAUUCAACUUAUUCCUAUACGAUGAAAACACGCUGGAAGUCACUGUAUGGAAUAAGUUGAAGCAGAAAAACUUUAUCGGAAGAUGUGUCAUUGACCUGUCACAGUUGGAAAAGGAGAAAACCCACGAACUCUGGCAGGACUUAGAUUGUGGGUUUGGCUCUGUUCAUAUGCUGAUCACGUUGAGCUGUUCAGACAGAAACUUACCCUUGGACGGCAUCCCCACAUCAAACUGUAUUCGACAUGAGCUGCCAGCUGAAGAUCAAUUCCAAUGGUAUCGUUUUGACAACGGUUGGAGCGAAGUCGGUCAAUUGUCAUUAACACUUCAUGGCGCAAAAGGGUUAAGCGCCAUGAACUUAAGCGGGAAUGUCAACGCAUACUGUAUCAUCGAGUUGGAUAACGCAAGGGUACAGACAAAUACUAUUCGAGGGACUUCGGAUCCGGAAUGGGAUAAAAACUUUAUUUUUCCAAUAAAGGAUAUAACAUCUACAGUCGACAUAGCAGUACAUGAGGAGUCAUUCAUUCAGUCAAUGAAGGGUGAAACUUUGGGUAAAAUAUCAAUACCAUUGUUGAGAAUAAAUAAUAACGAGAAGAGAUGGUAUGCCCUCAAAAAUAGUUCCAAAAAGAGCAGUGCGAGAGGGAACUGUCCCAGGAUUCUAUUAGAGAUGUCCAUUGUAUGGAAUCCGAUUAAAGCUUCGAUGCAUCUAUUGAGACCGAAAGAAACGAAAUAUAUACAAAAACCGCCUAAGUUUGAUAUUCCACUUAUAUAUAGUAAUUUAAUAUUUAUUAAAAAUAUAUUCAAAGUAUUUCAAAUGGGAAAUGAUCAUUUCAAGAGAGUAUUCGAAUGGGAGAACCAAGAGUUAUCAGCAAUGGCGCUUGGGGGCUGGCUGAUUUUCUGGUAUUUCUUCAGAUUGUGGAUGACUCCGUUAAUACUCCUAUUACCGUUUAUACAUUACUGGCUCGUACGAAGAAAUACCCCAGUUGCUUUGUGCCAGACAGAUGACGAGGAUUCAGACGAGGAGACGGAAACACAAAAGGACGACAAAACAAUCAAAACGAGAAUAAGUGAAUUACAGGAUCUUACAAUAACUAUUAAGAAUGGUAUUGAUUAUAUCGUGUCGCUUUUGGAGAGGUUACACAAUUUGGUGAAUUUCAGUGUCCCGUAUAUAAGUUACUUAGUCAUGCUCGCGCUGGUCGGGGCCUCUAUAGCCUUCCUGCUGAUACCGGCAAAUUAUUUGUUCAUGGCUUUUGGUAUUUAUAAAUUUGGUCGAAAGUUUAUAAACCCACAUAGAGUGCCGAAUAAUGACAUUCUGGACUUCAUAUCGCGGGUGCCUGACAAUCAGAUGUUGAAACAAUGGCGAGAGCUGAAGGUUCCAGAAGCAGUGGAAGGUCGGUCAGACCCGGAAAAGAGGCGAUAGUACAAAAACGUGCAAACGUAUGCAUUUAUUUACGCUCAUUCCCAUCCUACUAACGUAGUGCCAUAGAGGAGAUGAACGUUCCAUAGACUGCUAAAUGGGUCAUUGAGAAUAUUUAUGAUAUAUUAAAAUAUUUGAAUGCUGUGAUAUAAGUUUCCUGUACCACUUAUAAUAUUACUAAGCAAUAAUAAAUAUUAUUAAGCUCAACAUUUUGAUAAUUACAAGAUGGUAAACUCCUUAUAUAUAUUUUUAUAAUUAUAUAAAUGUUAUUUAUGUGAUAAAGAAAGCAUUUUAUGGUGCUGUAUAUUAUCUGCUAUUUGCAUUCCGCGCCAUUUUGCUGUGACAUUGCGCGCUGUCAAGCUAUUGCUGACAUUUAAAAAAAACGUUCAUUACUAAUUACUGACGGCUGUCAUUUUGGAGAACCGAAAAGGUUUUGUUGUCGAUUUAUUUUGAUUAGUUAAUCAACAAAAUUAAAUUAAAUUGCCAUUUAUUAUUUAUAAAUGUAUCUAGAGUGUAGACAAGUUUUGCUCAAUUCCUUGUCAUUGUUACUUAAACAUUGUGAUCGUAGUUUAUUAAGUAUUUUUAAGUAAUUUUAAUAAAUACCUCAGACCUCCGCUGGCAACUUCGGGUAAUGUGGUUGAAUAAAUUAAUUUAAUAAAAAAAUGCUUAAAUGAUAUUUUUUAAUCUCUUAAUAAAUUAAGUUUAUUAACAUAAAUUAAUCAUUAAAUGAUUAAUAAAAGAAAUGAAAAGUGGUUUACAAUAUUUCUGAAAAUAUUAUAUUAUGUUGACGUUAAGGCAUCGGACAUGCUAUAUCGUUAUAGAGAGUUAUAUUUAUAUAGUUAUGUCGCAGCUUAAUAAGCCGUUUAAUUAACAACCUGGCCUUUUAACUAAACAGUGCCGUUUAACAAGCGGCCUGAAACUUAUUCAGCCACUUAUUUAAACUAGGCAAAUAUAACUUGGAUCGAUGAGAUUUCAUUACUUGCCUAGCCUGGUUACUGUUAAUUUAAAUUUAGUUCCACUUUCUGCAACUCUCAAACUCUUCAAACUGUCCAGCCAGUUUAUUAUUACAAACGCUACGGCUGAAUAUCUUUGAGGCCGCUAGUUAAACAGCUCCGUUUAGUUAAGAGGCUAGGCUGUUAAUUGAACAGAUUAUUAAGCUAGUUGGCUGCAACACAUAAAACAAACCAAGUUGGAUCCUAGACAAAUAUGCGUAGCGACAGUCGUGCCUUUCUGGUUUAUGGACUGGACCCUCUGGUUUGUCUUAAGUCUUCUGAUACAUAAAUAUUACAGUUUGUCAUUAUCGCUGUAUUAUCUCAUACGUUACCAUAUAAAUACAAAUAAUUAGCGGAGGUCGCAAAUGGUAUGCCUCAAAUUGAGGUGCUGACAGAUCUUGCCAGAUAUCUAGAAUUAUCCUCCUGCGGUUUUGGUAUGUGUAACUCCUUCCAAUCUUUCUGUAAUUAAAUGAUUAUAUUUGA